UGGGUCACUUGUACCGAGUCUUUAAGUUGGACUGAUGAAUGAGAAAAGUGGAGCCGUGAGGGCUGAUGUAAAGAUGUAGCGACGGUGUGCCAUCAAGGGAGUGCCUUUGCAAAGCCAUUGGAUUUCUCUUGAUGCUUGUGUGUGUAUGUGUUUUUCUUGAGUGUUUUCCAUCUGUGUGCUCGUGAGAGAAACAAACCGAGAAGAGAGAGUUGAGAGGAGGAAGAAGAAGCGGUGCUGCAUGGAGGCGGCGCCAACAUGUGCUUGAGAACAGUUUUGGUUUCCACCGAGACGUCGUCCUGGCAAUUGAAUUGGAUUGCAUGGCGUAGUACUACAGAGGAAGAAGCCAGAAUUGGAUGCUGAAGUAUCCUGCGCCCGGCGCUCCUGAUCUGGCCAAGAGAACCAAGGAGCUCCUGGAGCAGGCUGGGUUCGGGCCGGUGAGCGAGGACCACGGACGCGGGCUCGACCAUGGCGCGUGGGUGCCCCUGAUGUUCAUGUACCCGGAGGCUAACAUCCCGGUGUGCCAGCUCUCCGUGCAGACCCACCGCGACGGCACCUACCACUACACCCUGGGCAAGGCGCCGGCUCCCCUCAGGGGCGAAGGCGUCCUCGUCCUCGGCUCCGGCAGCGCGACGCACAACCUCGGCAAGAUGGGGCGCGACGACGAGCCGGUGCCGCAGUGGGCCUCCGACUUCAACACCUGGCUCAGGGACUCGCUUCUCGCCGGGAGGUACGACGACGUGAACCGCUACGAGGAGAAGGCGCCGCACCCAUCGCCGGAGCAUUUCUACCCGGUGCACGUCGCGCUGGGCGCCGCCGGGGACGAGCCCAAGGCGGAGCUGAUCCACCAUAGCUGGGCCGAAGCCAACAUGUCAUACGCCUCGUACCAUUUCACCACGAAGGACUAGGACUGGACUGACGGCCGCGAUCGAGCUUUGCCACACUGCUACGUCCACCCUACGUUGCAUUUGGAAAUCGGAAUGCAAGGCGUUCCAGCUUAAAAAAGAAAAAAAAACGUCCACCGUGGGCUUACGUAGCGGUUGGUUUGUAAUAAGAGAGACCCGGUAAAGAAGGAAUGAACUUUGCGAUAAUGGCCAGUGUGAGGACAAACGGUUGACUUCAGAGUGAAGCGAGGACGGGCUCGGGUCGGUGACUUGAGGAUGUGCUACAGGUCAUGACAACGGAGUCAGAUGGUGCUUGGAUACGUUUUAGUCUUAUGAUGA